AUGAGCUGGCUCUUUCCCCUGACCAAGAGCGCCUCCUCCUCCGCAGCUGGGUCCCCCGGUGGUCUCACCAGCCUCCAGCAGCAGAAGCAGCGCCUGAUCGAGUCCCUCCGGAACUCACACUCCAGUAUAGCUGAAAUACAGAAAGAUGUGGAAUACAGGUUGCCUUUCACCGUAAAUAACCUGACAAUUAACAUUAAUAUAUUGCUUCCUCCACAAUUUCCUCAGGAAAAACCAGUGAUCAGUGUUUAUCCACCAAUACGGCAUCACUUAGUGGAUAAACAAGGAGUGUAUGUUACCUCUCCAUUAGUAAGCAAUUUUACAAUGCAUUCAGAUCUUGGGAAAAUUAUUCAGAGUCUAUUGGAUGAGUUUUGGAAGAAUCCUCCAGUUUUAGCUCCUGCUUCAACAGCAUUCCCAUACCUGUACAGUAACCCAGGUGGGAUGCCUCCUUAUGCUUCUCAGGGUUUCCCAUUUCUUCCUCCGUAUCCCCCACAAGAAGCAAACAGGACUAUCAGCUCUUUAUCUGUUGCUGACACUGUUUCUUCUUCAACAACAAGUUAUACAACUGCCAAACCCGCUGCUCCUUCAUUUGGUGUCCUUUCAAAUCUGCCAUUGCCCGUUCCCACAACAGACACUUCAACACCGAUAAGCCAAAAUGGUUUUGGUUACAAGAUGCCCGAUAUUCCUGAUACAUUUCCAGAACUCUCAGAACUAAGUGUGUCACAGCUUACAGAUAUGAAUGAGCAAGAGGAUGUAUUGCUAGAACAGUUUGUGACUUUGCCUCAACUAAAACAAAUUGUUACUGACAAGGAUGACUUAGUAAAAAGUAUUGAGGAACUAGCAAGAAAAAAUCUCCUUUUGGAGCCCAGCUUGGAAGCCAAAAGGCAAACUGUUUUAGAUAAGUAUGAAUUACUUACACAAAUGAAAUCAGCUUUUGAAAAGAAGAUGCAAAGGCAGCAUGAACUUAGUGAGAGCUGUAGUGCAAGUGCUCUGCAGGCAAGAUUAAAAGUAGCUGCUCAUGAAGCUGAGGAAGAAUCUGAUAAUAUUGCAGAAGAUUUCUUGGAGGGAAAAACGGAUAUAGAUGAUUUUCUCAGUAGCUUCAUGGAAAAGAGAACAAUUUGCCACUGUAGAAGAGCCAAGGAAGAGAAACUUCAACAAGUGAUAGCAAUGCACAGCCAGUUUCAUGCUCCACUAUAG